AUGCACGUGCCUCCUAACACACAUGUAAACAAAUGGCUUAUAGAACGUAAAAAGGAUACUGAGUUUGGAAAAAACUUGAUGAAAUUUUGAUUAAAUGGAAAUAUGUUACUGGAGACUGAUAUCAAGGACAUUAACGACUUAAAUUGUUAAAUAGCAAUUUUGAAAGAUUCACGUCAUUUUCAUUAAUUCAAACAAAUUUCUACCAUAAUCGAUAUGACGUUACCUAAUACUUUAGAAGCUUCUGUAAUAGAUGAAAUAGCAUUGGAAGGUUUGGAUGGAAUUACUUUACAAGCUUUAUGGUUACGUUUGGCACAUAGAUUUAACAAUCCUUUACAAUGUACACAACAAUUUAUGAACCAAAUAUGGUCUAUGUGUGUAAAUCUUCAGGAAUUUACAUUUUAUAAAUUAAAAGUGCCAAGAAAUCCACUUGUUAUAUAUGAUCGUUAUGAAUUUGUAGAUCCAGAUCUAGGUAUUAUACUUGAACCAGAUAAUAUUCCAGAAGAUAUUUAUCCUUUUUUUCCUAUAAAUGAUCCAAUUACAGGAGUUAGGGGUUCUUGUUCGACUUAUAAGACUCGUAAAGUUAUUAAUGUUGAUAUCAGAAAAUAUACUUUAGAGGAAGCAACGAAAGAAUAUGAUCAAAGAUUAGUCAUUGUUGCAUCUCAAGCUGCAAGAGAGUUUGCAUUAAUGGGCGAUAAAGCAUCUUCUAUAUUGAAAUUAAGUACUAUGCAUUACUGUUUCCUUGAAAGAGUUGGAAGAUCGCGUUAUCAUGGUGAAGUAACGCAGGGAAAAAUUAGUCUUAGUUUGUUAAGAGAAGAUCCUAGAACAUUGUUUUAUCAUAGAAAGUUUUUACUUCGUCAUAAAUUGAUUACAAAGCAGACGCAUCAUCAAAAAACAGGAGGCCAUAGUUGUACCGGUAGCUUAUUACAUCUACCACGAUUCUUUGUAGAAAGGAAACCAAAAAUGAUGUUCUUGGCUGAACAAGUCAUUGAGAUACUUAAAACGAAAAAAAAUUAUAUUGCUGAAUAUGAAGAAGUAAAGAAGAAAUUGCAAAUUGCAAAUUCUAUUCAAAAAUUAGUUAAAACAUCUUUUUUUCAAAAGGCAGUAAGAACAGAUCUGAAAGUACCGUAUAGAACUUUAUAUCCAAAUGCAGAACCUAAAGAGUGGCAACGGAAGAAUGAUCCAUCGAAGGAAAAAGUAAUAAGGGUAAUACAACUGAUAACUCCUGACGUUGAUAUUGCUGAACUAUUGAACAAAGAUGAAAUACACGAGGAUGAAGAGCAAUUAGAGUUAGAUAUUCGCAAUCACAAAUACGAUUAUUCUUACCUUAAAGAAGCUAAUAAUAUGAACGAAGGAAGCAGUAUUAAUGGUGUUUCUCAAGGAAGCUUAUCUAAAGAUAUGGGUUUAACGAAAUUACAAUGUAGAACUAUAUUACGUAAUCUAGUGAAAAUGGAUAUCGUUGCGACAUACAUGAAUGAUGCAGGUAGGCAAAGAGUAACAAAAUAUGUAUCUAAAAAGUUUGAGGCAAAUAGCACGAUGAGUAUGCAAUUUAAAAAAGAAAUGAAUAGAAUUAAAGAGCUUACGAAGCAUAUAUCAAAUAAGAAAAAUGAAGUUAUACCAAAACAAGAGGAUUUACAGGAAAAAGAAAGUAGUGAAGUUAGCGAUUUUUAUACGCAUUUAAUUAAAACUAUAGAGAAAUUAAAUUAUCAUGUAAUUAUUGAUAAUAAAACAAAGAAACAUUCUGACGUUGGAGAGCAAGAACCAUUUAUUAAUACCGACAAAUUAAGAUCGGUAUUUCGCAUUGUCAGUAAAAUAUUUUGGAAAUAUCGUAUAACAAAGUCACGAACUAGAUACAAAUGUACCUUCUUGAACGUGUCGAGAAAAAUAGUUAACUUAAAAUUGUUAACUAACGAAAGACAAAAAGAAAAAUCAAUACAAAAUGGAAGGAACAUAGGAAAUACUAGUGAUAGUUUCGAAGAUUCCACAGUUACAUCUACAAUUUCAAAUAAUAUUAAAGAUGUUUCAAUGUAUAAAAGUAUAGAAACAAAUUUGGUUACCCAAAAUCCGAUACGCGGUGGAAAACCGAUUAAUGAAAUUUUUGGUUUGAUGGAGGAUGUUGAAAAUAGUAAGAAAAAAAGUGUAUCUAAUAUUACUUAUAGAUUAUUAAAGCGAGCAAAUAUGAUCAUCGAGUCUGUUAAAGAGCAUCAAGUUAUCGAUGAUAUAACUAAGUUAAUGAAGAUGAUAAAUGACGAAGAAGAUAAGGAAGGUUACGAUGUGAAGAUAGAUAAAAAAUCUUUGCUCAGAUUAUUACAGAAAUUAGCCAAAGAUAAUUUGGUAAAAAAUAUCAAGUUAACUCUUAGUGCUAAUGGCAGAGAAAAACAUUUGACUUUCGUAUGUGAUCCCAAUAUUGAUACAGAUCAUACGGUAAUAAAGUCAGCUGUAGAGCAAGCAAAAGUUAAAUUUUGUUUAUUGGGAUCAUCAAAAUCUAAAACGAAUUCAAAAAAUAAUAUAGAUAAGACUCGUACUAAUGCGGACAACACAAAUAAAAGGCCUGGAAGACUAUCGGCACUACCAACUACUUCCAAAUAUGAUCCAAAAGCAGCUCGAAAACUUGGAUAUAGUCCCAAAUUUGUUCGUAUGCAAGCACUUCAUGUUCUUUUAUAUUAUUUAGUUUAUGAACAUCCCGGAGAAGACACGCUUUCCAAGAAUGAACAAAUACAAUUGUUACGUGCCAAUGAUUUUAGCAUCACCGAUAGUUUGGCUCAAGAAAUGAGUAAAAUUUAUACCACGGAAGUAGGAUGGAAGAUGUUUUUGCCAUCUUUACCGCAACAUAAUGGUUGGCCAAAAGGUUGGACUUUAAUGUGUGACCUUCUGUUGCGCAUUCCUCUAUCAAUAUUUUUAAAAGUCCAUAGUGUCCCAUUUAUUAUAUCAGGCUUGGAAUAUUAUACAAAUCAUCCUAUUAGGAAACAUUAUUUAAUUAAAGAUCUUCCAAUGAAUAUUCAAAGUACUUUACUACAUGGAAGAAAGUAUAUAUUUGAUAUUCAUGAAACUGUUACUAGAUUAUGUUAUAUCGGUCUGGUCCAAUUUGGACCACAGAAAUUAAAAGAAAAAGAUCAAGUAUUUCUUUACGUAAAUCGUCAUAGUGAAUUAAUGGAUACAACUUCAUCUGCACCUGGAUAUCACAAAAUUGAAGAGAAAACAUACCCCAUAACGAAAUAUAAUUUCAAUGAGAUGGAUAUUGUUGAAAAAUAUUGGUACGAUAUGUGGAAUAUAUGUGUUAAUACUCCUUUAGGGGGUAGGCUUGCAGUUCAGGGUAAAGAUAUAUUAUUAGAGGAUUUAUCUAAAAAAAGUGACAUGAUAGAAACAAUAAAAGCUCGUACUGCAGAGGAAGCUAUAAUAUUGGAUACUGGCAAAGUACCUGGGGAUCGUAAAGGUGCAGCUGGUAUCGAUUCUGCAUUUUUUGCACACUUGAAACGUAAUUGGAAUUGGAAUAAUAAUUUUACGAUGCGCAAUCAACUAAGAAAAGAUCUAGGAAAUAAAACUACGGCAUGUAAGAGAGAUGCUUAUUUGUCAACAAUAAAAGCGGCACCUGUCAAAUAUACUGAAUUUUCUGGAUUAAAAAAAGUAUCAGGACCUACUAUUGUAAAUGCUACAGAUGUGAAAACAAAGUCCCAAUCGAACAAAGUUGGUGAAGUUACUAAUAAGUCUAUUAAACAUGAAACAUAUACGAAAUUUCAUCGGGUUAAACAGAAAUCAUUUAUUAGACGAGUUUUACCUAAAAAGGCGGGAAAAAAAUCACGUGUUAAAUAUGAUGAAAUUGAUUAUCGUGCGCUUCAACUAAUGCAUAAAUUGCGCGUCGAUUGGAAACCACACGAAGAUAAUAUAUUACUUAUAUGUAAAGUUGCCAUGAUGUAUUUGUGUCCAAAUCAUCGCAAACAAGUAGUAUCAUUUAAUAUGGUCAGAGAUGUUUUACGCUCUUAUUCUCUUAGUUCUUACAAUAAAACUUCUCGAGCUUGUCAAAGAAGACUUUUAUACAUGCUUAGACAACCGCAAACAGUUAAUAGCGUAACUUUAGGAGUAGAAGAAAUAAAGCAAAAUUUCUUUCUCAAUAAACGAUUUGGUGGUAUAACAGAAAAGAUUAAACAAGAAUGUCCGAAUCAUGGCGCAUAUGAAAAACGCAUAGCCGAAGUAUUUAAAGAUCUUGUUAAUUACGUUGCUAAAAAGUAUUACGAUAUUUCAGAAAUGGGAUCAAAUGAACCUAUUAUUGUACCCAAAACAGUACAAGAGUUUAAUAUUUUUUAUAAAAUGAUAUAUCCUACUAAAUCAUUUAAUUCAGGUUUUUUCAAGGAUAUUCGUUGUAUUAACGAUAUACAUUCUGCUACUAUUAAUUCUGUUAUUCAUAGUUCAAUGUGUUCUGGAAAAGAUAAAAAAUCUUGGGCAUAUCAAUUAUUUAAAGUAUAUCAACAGUAUCCUGAGGUUCUCUUGAAAAACGCUAUGGCCAAAAUUAGGGCCGAUCAAUUGGUUACAAUAAAAAAAAAUGAUAUGCACCUAACAAAGAAGUAUGCCAAUUAUAUGCCAAUGAGUAGUGCACAGUAUCAGUUUAGUACAAGUUACAUUUACAAAUUUCAAAAUAGAUGGCCAUAUGAUUUAUAUAUGGAAUCGUACAAUGCUUUUUUCAAACUUAUUCAAUGGUAUUUUACAUCAAGAAAAAGUAAUCCGUUGACAAAUAAUGUUUCUUCCGAUGGUAUGGAAAUUAUUCCAGUUACUGGUGGGAUAGUUGCCAUGAUACAUGAUUUUAUGCCAAUGGAUAAGCUAGAUUUUGAUAUUGCGAUACCCGAUCAAGUAAUUACAUUAGAUCAGAGUUUAAAAGAAAAAAAUGAAACUUAUUUCAGAAUUGCACAAAGGUACAAAGAUAUUUUAGAUGGUUUAGAUUAUUUCAAAGACAAUUCGGAUAAGAAGACGAAUUUGAUAGAAAACAAUAAAAUCUCAAUAUUUAAAAAAGAGACACUUGUUGAUCAUCGGACUAAUAAUGGGUCAUCCAUUCUUGAAGAAGUGAGAGAUAAUGACGUUGGCGAUGAGCCUGGUUUUAUAAAGGCAAGAAAAGUUGAUCACAACUUUAGAUUACAACUUAUUGAAGAAAAUAAUUUAAUUAAUUCUCAAGAUGAAACUAAAACCGUGUUAAACAAAACAGAUGAUAAAAAGUUGAAUACAAAUUUUGAGACAUAUGUUGAUAAUUUAAAAAACUCUUCAUCUGAUGUGCUUAUGGAUAAAGAACAAUUACAAGGGAAUCAUUUAAAAAGAAAAUGCAUUGAUAAUUGUGAAAUAGAUUCUGCGGAAUCAACCUCGAAGAAAGCUAAAAUGGAUGAUGAUAGUAAAUGUAGCAUAUUAAAUUCAUCUAAUGAUACUGCACGAAGUAAUAUUCCAACAGAUUUAAAUAAGUGCCUAAUUGAUUUUGAUGAAAAAAUGGAUAACGCUGAAACUUCAUUAGAGUCAAGGCUUUUGGAUGACAAUUCAGUUGGAAGUUGGAAAUCUGCAGAUGAUGAAAAUAUAAUACAAAAAAUCGAAAGUCAAAGUAAUGAUGAAUAUAAAAAGACAAAUGAUAAUGCAUUUACUCGUAUAAGUAGUAUAAUAUGUAGUAAAUCUAAGAAUACAAGUUAUGCAAAUUCAUACGCCAAACUCGAUGACACGAAUGACGUUCAAAAACGAUUUACAAGAUUAGCCCUUUUGAAAAUAAGGGAGGAGCUAAAUGAAUUUUCCGUAUCUGAUAGUCAUCAUGCUCACGAAUACUUUGUUGUUAAUAUGUUCAAAAUUUUUUAUUACUUAGAAUCAUCAAAAUUACAACAUUGUGAUGAGGAUUAUGAAGAGUUUAAAAGUUAUGCGAUACCAUCUGGUAUGUUACCUUUGAAAUUAAAGACUGUUUCCGAAAUUAUAAAUGAUUUAAAUAAAUUUGCAAUUUUUCCAAAAAAUAAUACCUCAUAUGCGAAUUUUAAGAAAACUAUGAAUGGGAAGGUAUUAUAUAACUGGAUGAAAAUUGAUGCUAUAUACAAAUUUGUAAGAGAAAAGAAAGAAAUAGGAGCUAGUUCGGAGGAACUGAUGGAAAAAUUUCGAAAAGACUUUGGAAGAGAGCUUUAUGAUAUAGUUUCUCUUUUAAUUGAAAAUUAUUUGUUUUUACGUUCUGGUGUAACUACGCCCCGAUAUAUACAUCACCUUUAUGUAAAUCCUUGGUUGAUACAUUCUUACAAGAUCUUUCGUUUAGAAAGAGAGUCGCUUUUACCAAUACCUAAAGGUAGCAUAUACUUGACAGAAAAUCAAACUAAUGCCGAUAUUAAUAUUGAUGAUAUUAAAAAAGAUAAUGAUAUUGAUCAUAAUAAAAAUUCAUUGGAAUCAUCAAUAUGCGAUAUGGACAUAACGAUGAUUGAUAAUGAAGAAGAAAUACAAAAAAAAGAUACGUUGCCUUUAAUAGGUAAUGGUACCGAAGAACAAGAAAAUGCUACGAUUAUAAGUAACUCUGAUGAAAGUGAAAAGGAACCAAAUGUAUGUGCUACAAAAAGAUUACAAAGGAAAAGAAUAUCUUUGCUUCCACAAAAGGAUAUAUUUACAUCUGCUAAAAAAUUAGAUUUAACUACUGCUGAGGAAAUAAGGGUAGUCAUGAAGCCAUGGAUUCGCAUAGAUGGUGUUUUGAAUCGUAGAGUAUUAGAUCGUAUGUUGGGAGCUGUUUUAACAUAUUGUUUAACACAUCCUGGUGUUACACUAGUCAAAGUACAAAAUAGAUUUAGUCCAGUUUUACAACCGUUCCACACUCGUGAAUUGAUUGAGAUACUGAUUAAAUUAGGCUGUUUAGAAAAGAAGAUAUUGAUCAAACAACAUGUGACUUUGUUUUCAAAGCCUGCACCUGUUAAACCAAAAACGGACGAGGAGUGGGUGAGCGAAGAAGAAAUAUUUAUAGAGCCUUUAAUGGGAGCGAUCAUAAAAUUUAGUAUAUUUUUAAGUACGAAGAUGUACAACUCGGAUUAUAUUCCAUAAUGAUAAUAUAAAUAUUACUAAAAUGAUAAGCAUCUUAUUGCGAGCUAAACGAGUUAUUUCGAUGUCGCGUUUCGAUUUGUAUAGGAAACAGCCUUACUA